CGAUAAUUAGUAUCAGGUUUUUAAGUUGAAGUUAGAUAAACUAAAGAUGGGAGAGGCUGAAUUUGGCUGCAAAAAAGGAGCGGAAGCUGUCCUUAGAGUUCCUCCAAACUCAUCGGUCCCUAUUUCCUAUCACCCUCUCUUUGGUCCACACGAAGACUUGCUUCUCCUCGAGCUAGAUGAAAAGCUUCUUCCUGAUGUCAUCAACCAAAGAGUGAGCUUAAGAGGACAGCCAGAUGAGGAUGCAGUUUUUUGUACACAAUCAAAAACCUAUGCGAUUAAAUUCGUUGGGACCUCAAAUUCUGUGUUCCUUGUACCCCCUGCAGACCAAUAUACAGUAAACGAUAAUCCAGAAGAUUGCAAUGAAAAUGCUUCCGGCAGUGAUGCACCACAUGCAUCUGUCCUUAAAUUGGCACCUGGAACCAUGGAGUUGGUUGAGGUUGCCCCGAAAAUAGACAAACUUAAAUCACUAAUUUCCGAAAAUCCAUACAAGUUUGAUGAAGACUGUGAGAUGUACGAUACUGGUUUGUAUCAAUGGGAUGACCUUACUGACAGGGUUCAAGCUAGCGAUGAAGAAUUAAGGUCUGCGCUUCGCACCCUUUCAGCUGUAGAGAUUAAUGGAUAUUGGAGAAUUGUUGAUGAGAAAUACAUGGAUCAAAUUCUUAAUACGCUUAUUAAUAACUCGUUAAUAAAUGAAUGGUCUUUGAGUGCACUUAUUGAAGAGGAGGUGGUUGAAUCUUUGGUGAAUGAUGGAUUUUCAAGUGUUAUUGCACACCAUUGUUUGGAAGUGUAUGGUUGUAAAAGAGAUGGGAGUGAAGAGGGUGGUAACAAUGUGUGGGAAUUAGAUACGAGACGGGUUUGUGUGCAUUUUGCCAGAAGGAUAUUAGGUGGUGGAAAGAUGAAAAUUGAAAGUUUUAUGGAGGAAUGGAGUGAGAAAGUACCUCGAGGAGUGAUGGUUAGUGUUGACAUGUUGGAAGGGGAAGUGUUGAUAGAAAAACUUGGGAUCCAAUCUUGGGUUUAUGCUUUUAGUGUUUCUUCUUUGCCUUCAGACCCUGCAAAUCGUUUCUCCAGGCUCUUUCUAGAACGGCCCAAAUGGGACUGGAAGGAUCUACAUCCAUACAUCAGGGAUCUAAGUGUCCCAGGACUGACUUCAGAUGGUUUACUCCUCAAGUACACUAGAAGGACUCAGCCUACUGCAGAUGCUGAGCCUGUUUUCACUGCAAGAUAACUAGGUGAGAUCUCUUUUAAGCACCUAAAGUAGUGGUCCUACUUUUGAGGCUACUCAAUUUUAGGAUAGUCUUCUGUUAAAUAUCACACCAUAUAUAUUUGUUGGGGUUGAUUCAAAUUGUAAUGAAAACUAAUAUUGCAGUUUAAAUAGACUCUUAAGUACUUAAUAUAAUUUAAAGCUUUUGGGUUCAA